UAUAAAACCAGAAACUAUAAUAAAGGUUCGGCAUUGAAAAACAGUAAAUUGCAAGGCCGCUCGCGGAUAAGUCAAUAGACAUGAUACUUAAAUUAUGUAUAGUUUUGAUUGCUUUGUUAGCAAGUUCGUAUGCUACCAGAAAGCUUCCAGAGAACUUUAUGCUCGGAGCUGCAUCUGCAGCUUACCAAAUUGAAGGUGCCUGGAACGAAGAUGGCAGAGGUCCUUGUAUAUGGGACUCGUAUACCGAGGAAAAAGGUUUGGAUAAUGGUUACGUAGCUGCGGACUCUUAUCAUAAAUGGCAGGACGACGUUCGAAACGCCAAACUGUUAGGAUUAAACUUUUAUAGAUUUUCUAUUUCAUGGUCUCGCAUACUGCCAAAUGGUACCAUCAAUUUUAUCAAUCAGAAGGGUGUUGAUUAUUACACGAAUCUUAUCAAAGCUCUCAAAGCAGAAGGCAUAGAACCAAUAAUCACCCUAUAUUAUUGGGAUUUACCGCAAUACCUUCAAUUGCUAGGAGGAUUUUUGAACAGUCGAUUGGUAGAAUAUUUUGAAGACUACGUAAGGCUUUGCUUUGAACUUUAUGGCGAAUAUGUAAAAUAUUGGUUAACAAUCAAUGAACCAUUCACAAUAUGUUACGAUGGCUAUGGUAGCGGAGGCAACGCUCCCGGUCUACAGCAAAUAGGUGAUGGAGUCUACCAGUGUGCACAUACUGUGCUUAAAAUGCACGCCAGGGCUUACAGAGUUUACGACGAAGAGUUCAGAGACAGAUUUAACGGUCAAGUUGGUCUGGUUAUCAACUCUGAAUGGCGUGAACCCAAAAGUAAUAGUUCUCUGGAUUUGGAAGCACAAGAGAGGGCAUUGCAAUUUAGCGUUGGUAUGUAUGCUAACCCAGUCUUUGUAGGAAACUGGCCACAAGUAAUGAUCGAUAGAAUCGGCAAUCGAAGUGCCCAGGAAGGUUUCACCAGAUCACGUUUACCACCAUUCACCGAAGACGAAAUUGCUUAUAUUAAUGGAACUCACGAUUUCUUUGCCCUGAACACAUAUGGUCAUUACAUGGUCGAAUAUCAAGAUGAUGAACCGAUAAGCUAUCCUAGCUAUGACUUUGAUCGCAGCGUUAAAACGUAUAAUAAUCUUAUACCUUCUGGAUUUAUGCUUAGGAAAAAACUCAAUUAUCUACAAGAGAGGUACAAUCCGAAGGCCAUUCUUAUAACAGAAAAUGGAUAUCGUACCGACGAUAUACUUAAUGAUGCCGAUAGAAUAAAGGUCCUUAAGGAUUUCCUUGGUAACAUUCUAGAUGCAGUUGAAGAAGACAAUAUUAAUGUUAUUGGCUAUUCAGUUUGGUCACUUAUCGAUAAUUUUGAAUGGGGUAGCUACAAAGCCAAAUUCGGUUUAAUUCGUGUCGAUUUUGAUGACGUCGAUAGAAAGAGAACAUGGAAAGACUCUGGAUACUGGUAUCAAAAUCUUACUUCUACAAGAAUUUUAGACGAUUAAUUAUUUAACUGAUAAAUAAGAGUAAUAAAUUAUAUAAUAAAACUAUUUUUAUUUAAUCAAAUACUGUUUAUGAUAGAUAUAAAAUAUUGCUUUGUUGACUACUAAAAACCGUAUUAAUUAGAAUCAAAAAAAAUGUGCCUUCACUUCUGGUUGCAUAUAAAUUAAUAACAACAAUACAUGCAAUAUUUCAAUAAAUCCUAACGCAAAUUUCUAGUAAUUAUCUACAUAACCGAAUAUAAUUAGUAAAUCUAUACCGUUUCACAUUCAAGAUGUUCGCUCGGAAGUGAAGAAUCAUUUAAAUCUAAUGAUUCAAAUAAAGUGGUAAAAAUAUUGCGAACUAAUAUUUUGUAUUAGCAAUCUAAUAACAAUUUCUAAUGGCAUUCUUUGUAUCUAUACAAGGAAUCAUGAAUUUAUUUCCUAUUUAAAUAUUAAAUGAAUUAUGUUCACGUAGGUAUGUUACAAUGAGAGCCGUUUCUCUAUAAACAGUAUUUUAAUUUCUUCCUACUGUGAAAUUAUUGACUCUGGUUUUUAUGUAAAAUCUCCAAUAGCAGUUUCGUAUUAAAAAAAAACUGGAAUGAUUUGGAAUAAUCAUUCGGAAUUGCCCAAAUUCAUGCUGUUGAUUAUAAUUCUCAAACUGUUUCUUUCUUCAAUAGUUUGGUUUUAAUUGUAUUUGAUAACAGGUAAUAGUAUAUUGUUGUAUUAGGAGUAGAAGCUUUACUUUUUUGUGCUGAAGCAGUAGGUUUGCGAGCCGAACGUAGUGAGGCUUGCAAUACUGCUGAAGCACAAAAAAGUGCUUCUACUCCGUAUGCAACACGCUAUUUUUUCUCCAAACGAAUGGGGUGAGCUCGGGGGUAACUGAAUGGUUGAGCGGCAGUAAAAGUACUUCUACUGCCGCUGCGGUUGCCUAGCAGCAUAGAAAUUAAAUUUCUACCACCUCGACAGGUGUUAACCCGCUGGAUUUGUCUAGCAGCAUAGAAAUUAAAUUUCUGACAUCUUGACAGGCGUUAACAAAGUGACGUUUUUUUGACGUUUGGAGAAAAAUAUUAUUGUGUAACAUGCCAAAAUUGGAUAGUAUACCACCUACAUAUACUUUGUCAUCACUUUAUUCAAAAUUUCUAUUCGAAAUUCCUUUUAUGUUCAAUUUUUCUUUAUUCCUCUGGCGUCGGGCUUUUGAUUGACAUAAUCUUAUAUUAAACAUCAUCAAUGUUCUAGGGAUAUUAUAGCUGAUAAUUUUCAAAAAAUAGAUUACAAUAUAGGUACCUACAGCAAUCUCAAAAUUUUGUUAGUUUUUGUCUAAUCUAAACCUCAUUCAGAUUCAUAUAAUAAUACUAUUAGGUAUUUAUCUCAAGUACCGUGAGAUGUGAAAUAUGUCGAUAAUACAUAACAAUCCGAUUUUUUUUUUGAUUUGCACUAGCUUUUGAAAUAAUAAUAAAAUGAAAAAUAUGUUUGUAUCAAUGAAAGAUGCAUCCUAUCAAUAACUCAGUGAUUGAAUUAUCAUGAUAGUAGGAGACUUCAAUAGGCAAACACGAAGUGAAAGCUUCGACUAUGUAAUCAAAAAAUUUAGAGGCAAUAACAAAAAAUAACAAUGAAGGCUGAUAUCAAUAUGCCAACAGAAUAACCGGAAACUUCUCAAUGGAUACUUUCAGCAUAAAUAAAUACUUACAUCAUAAAUACAAGUAAAAAAAUAAAACUAAACAAGCAAUAAACGCAUUUCCUGAAUACCUACAAAAAAAAGUGUUCGCAGUACAGCAUUUGAAGCAGGCAAACACGAAGAGACGCAAAAACCUGAUUGGUGCAGCAUAUAAAAGAAAGAAAUGCCAGCAAUAGCUAAGUUCAAAUAAAACAAAAACAGGAGAACACAGAAAGUAAGACAGUACUAACAAACAUUAGGACCAUCAAAAGUAACGAUAUACCGAUACCACAAUAACACACAAAAAAAAAUAGACAGAAGAAGCAAAAACAGAAUAAAGAACCUCAUCGUCGAAAUCUUAAUCACAUAGUUAAGAGAUCUGGAUGGCCACCAAACCGCAAAAAUGAUAGAGACAAAUAUAAUGGACUUUUGGAGGGGAGAGGCAGUCAGGCCAAACACGGGAAGGAUAACAAACCAAAAAAUAAAAGAAAUUAUGAUUGCAUUUGGUUCGAACAUGUAUAGGGUGGUUGAUUUUCGAUAGUUUUAUAGGGUACAGCCAAAAUGGCCGAAGUUACUGAGAAACUGACAUACGCUUCCCAUCCUCUUUUUUAGUGUGUCAUUUGAUGGUGUAGUCAGAUCUUAGCCAACAAGUUUGGUUUGCGAGGUACAGGGUGUUUUUCAAAAUCCAGCUAUUUUUUAUAAUCCUCUAUAACUUCUUACCCUAGGGAGAUAUAGAAAAAGUGCAAAUAGGAAAAAUACUUCUUUUUUUACAUACAAGCCAGUGGCGUACUUAGAAAAAAAUAUGGGGGCUUUAUGUUCUCAGAUAUUCGAAAAAACAAAGAAUUUCCAAAUGGAAAACCCUGUAUUUUAUUGGUUCAGUAGUUUGGAAAAAAAAUUGCGAGUUCAACGAUAUAUAAUACAUGAUAUUUUGUUUUGGCCUAAAUAGCGAAAGUAACAAAAAACACGUUUUUCCACUAUAUCAAUACAAAAAUAAAUUUAGAAAAAAAAUUUACACACUAGUGUGUCAAGUAUUUUCAAUUUACGCACUAGUGCGUGAAGCAAUUUACAAGAAUAUAGUUAUUUAUGCAACAAGUGUGUAAAGUGAACCUUUUUUCACGAAUGUGAAUUUUGACGCACGAGCCGAAGGCGAGUACGACAAUCACAUGAGUGAAAAAAGGGGCUUUACGCACGUAUUGCAUACAAAAUUUUUUCUACUACCAAUCAAAUAUGUGUGAAAAAAUAGAUUUAGACAAAUACUUUACGAACUAGUGCGUGAAGUAUUUUCACUUUACGCACUAGUGCGUGAAGUAAUUUACCAGAAAAAUACUAGUGACAGUGUCAACAUCUGUCAUUGACAUUACUUUACGCACCAGUGUGUGAAGUGAAUUACUUUACGCACUAGUGCGUGAAGUGGAAUUUUACGUUUUCUGAAUAGUGCGUAAAGUGAGUACUUUACGCACGGUAGUAGAAAAAAUACUAAAUUGACUUGACAGUGUCGACAUCUGUCAUUGACAUUACUUUUACUGGUGUAAAGUGAAUUACUUUACGCACUAGUGUGUGAAGUGAAGUUUUACAUAUUUUGAAGAGUGCGUAAAGUGAGUAAUUUACGCAAGGUAGUUGAAAAAAAAAUUGUAUGCAAUAUGUGUGAAAAGCACGCACUCAUGUGAUUGUCGUCAAAAUUCACAUUCGUGAGAAAAGGUUCACUUUACACACUUAUUGCAUAAAUAGCUAUUUUUAAAUUGCUUUUGCAAUGAGUUAUAUAUUCUUUGUUUU